GUCGUCAGUGAGGGAUGCCUCUGUUUUACAGUGCGGAUGGAAUAGCAUUGAAAACCAUAACUGCUGACGAAAGCAGAGCAGUGGCAUUUUAAGGCGGCGGAGGUAGUUUGUAGCGGGUGAGACAUAACAAAAUCGCUGUGAUCGUCGUUAUCUUGAGUGACGACUAUGACAGCGACCCUACGAUAACGUCCCUAUUCGACAGCUUGUCCAAUUGGACUGUCGACGAGCUUGUUUGGCUUUCAGUUUCCCACCGGCGGCACGACAGUGAUGUGUGAAUCAUGAUUCGGGCGUUUAGCAAGAAAUGGCUGCUCGGUGCACUUUUCGUAAUCGUAGCCGUGCUGGGCUUAAUGACGAUGUUUGGAUCCAGUUGGGAAAUAUCCUCGUUGCAAAACACGUUACGGCACAGGUUGGUUGCUCCAAGCAUCGAACCUGCUACAGAACCGGAAGGUGACAAAGAAAUCGUUACUAAGCCAUCAACCAAAUUCGAUUACGUGUCGCAGACGUUGGAUCCGAGAUUUCCGACGCCCCCUGGGGAUAUGGGAGCGGCAGUGACUCUCGGGGUGACGGAUGUUGCCGUCGCCGGUUUGGUCAAACAAGGUUACGACAUGCAAGGAUUGAAUCAGUUUUUGUCGGACAUGAUGUCCGUCCAGCGACGGCUUCCGGACAUACGCAACGACUGGUGCAAGCAGCCAGGUCGAUUCCUGGAAAACCUGCCCGAAACGUCGAUUGUGAUAGUGUUUUACAAUGAAGCCUGGUCGGUGUUGGUGCGAACCGUUCAUUCAAUAUUGGAUCGCUCCCCGCCCAAUUUAGUGAAGGAAAUUGUGCUUGUGGAUGAUUGUUCUUAUCUUCCUCACACGAAAACACAACUGGAUGAGUAUUUUAGCACGUUCCCGAAGGUGCGUGUCCUGCGAGCUGCCGAACGGCAAGGAUUGAUUCGAGCCCGAUUGCUGGGGGCGCGAAACACGACCGCAUCAAUCAUCACGUUCCUGGACGCCCACGUUGAAUGCACAGUUGGAUGGCUAGAGGCUUUACUCGACCCAGUCGCACGGAAUUCGACAACCAUCGCCAUUCCGACGAUAGACUGGAUCGACGAGCACGAUAUGCACUUGCGGACGGAAAACGCGCCGGGCUAUUACGGAGCGUACGAUUGGGAUCUCAACUUCGGCUGGUGGGGUCGGUGGAGCCGAAUUCAUCAGCCCAAAAACAAGAUGGAACCUUUCGAUUCGCCAGCCAUGGCGGGCGGCCUGUUUGCCAUCACCCGAGCAUUCUUCGAGCGGUUGGGAUGGUACGACGAAGGAUUCGACAUUUACGGAAUCGAAAACAUCGAACUGUCGAUGAAAAGUUGGAUCUGCGGAGGAAAAAUGGUUACGGUUCCUUGUUCACGGGUGGCCCACAUUCAGAAAACCGGACACCCAUAUUUGGUGCAAACGAAAAAAGAUGUGGUGCGAGCAAACUCACUGCGCCUUGCCGAAGUGUGGAUGGACGAGUAUAAGCAGAUCAUAUUCGAUAUCUAUGGACUGCCAAAGUAUCCCGAGGAAGAAGUUGGGGAUGUUUCGUCCAGGAAGGAAGUCAGACGGAAGGCCAACUGUAAGACGUUUAGAUACUACGUGGAGAAUGCGUUUCCGGAGAUGAACAAUCCCUUGGUGGAGGGUGCGUUCGACGGAGAGGUGAAAAACUUAGCACUGGGAAAUGACACCUGCCUGGAGUACGUAACGGAAACCAACACAGUUCGGAUGGCGACGUGUGAUCAUCAACAAACGGGUCAAUUUUGGGCUCAUAAUUACUACCAGGAGCUGAAUAGUUAUAAACACUGUCUCGACUACACUGGAGGUGCGCUGGAAGUCUACGGCUGUCACAGAUCACGUGGUAACCAGGCCUGGCAAUACAUGAAGCAGACAAACCAAAUUAAAAGUGUGAAGCAUAAGAAAUGUCUUGGAUUGAAUACGGAAACAAUGAAAACACUGCUUGUGGAAGAAUGUGAUGAGAAAAAGGAGUCUCAAAAAUGGCUUGUGAAAUUUUUAGAUAUAGAUGCGUCCAUUUUCAAGAAAAAGACUUGAGAAAAUACAUUUUUAGAUUAGUAAGCUAACAUUAGGUAGGAAUGUUUCAUGUCGAUCAAAAUAAAAAAUUUAUUUUCAAUGA